CAUUUAACGACCACACUCGAUCUCGUCCACCCCACCACACGCCAUCUCUAUCAUGACCACCUCGCCACACAAUUCACAACGGGCACUUGUGCUCCUCGCGCUCUGCGCAUCUGCCACCGCCCAGAACGGCGGAUACUACUACAAUGACGAUAACACAGCAGGCCGUGCAAUAGCGGGCAUCGUCGUCGCCGUCGUCGUCGUAAUGCUAAUAUGCCUCGUCAUCGCCAUGGUCUACCGACGCAGGCGGCGACCAGCACAGUCCGCCACGCCGCUGCCCACCACGGUAUAUCCCAUGAGUCCUGCCAGGCCAUACAACUCGUUCGCCUUUGCUUCCCGCGCGAACCAGUCGUACCUCGGUGAGAACCGCCCAAUGGCCCCAGGCGGCCCGUUCGCAGGCCCACCGCCGCCUCCAGCGUACAUGCCGCCGCCACCGCCGUAUCACCGGAAGGAGACGUUAGAGGGGGACACCGCCGAGGUUCCCGUGGUCCAGCCUCAGGGCGGUGACGUUCCGCCACUACCUGACUACGCCCCGCCUCCGGGUGCGCCCCCUACUGUCCAUAUGACCCCGGAACCAUCGCGGUUCAACUGGUUCAGAGGCAGGUCGCAAUGAGCGGCAAACUGUUCGACGUCAGCCUCGCCCCUAAAGCUUUAGGGACAUGAUAUACCGCCACCUAUACAAUAGUCAGUCUAGAUAUUCACUGUAGCCUAGUCUUUCCUUCGUGUGCUCCUAGUGUACGUUCAUAUAGUCCCGAAUACAAUUUGCUAUGUAAUUCUGGCCGCCAG